GUGUAUUACUUGUUGAGGGAGAGCUGUGCGUCCUGCUUGUACAGUGUAUACCCGCUGAGAGAAAACUUAAGUGAGUACUUAAAAGGCAUCUGGAUGGAUUCACGAAUAGGACAUCUCGUCGACAUGGACGAGUUGCACCGAAGGAUUUGUUCUCUCGCUGUAUUCUAUACUUGCUGACGAGGAGAAGUAUACUAUGAUUGCGCAGUGAAUACCUGCUAUGAGAGAGCUUGGUGCACUGGUUCGUUGGUGGAAAGCUGUGUAUUGAUUGUAAAAUGUAAACUUAUUUAAGGAGCACACAGUGCAACUGAAAGGAAGCACACAGUCGUAGAGGAUGAAGUGUACUCAAAUUGCUGUCGAUGAUCACUUCCCUGCCCCUCCGCAGCGCCUGCGCACUGUGGCUCCGAGACCAUGGCACUAUCCAAGUAGUUGGGAGGCGAGAGAUUGCCCGCUAACCGUUCGGGGAUCUCUCAGAUAGGCCACAUAUUUCUCCAGCUUUGCUCGCUGCCCUGUUUGGACAGUAACCUCGGAUGGUCAAGCUUUUCUGCUCUUGGUUUCCUUUUUCUCCUGUUUCACGCACUGCUCCUGAUGCCGAGGCCUGCCAACGGCGGCGGCUCUCCCCUUACUUUGAGCUCCAGGACUUAGCUCUGAAGAAGCGUGGCCGGCAACAGCAGGUUCUUGACCUCUGGUUCCAGCUGCGACGAAUCAGUUGUUUACAAUGCACUUAUGACAGCAACUACAGGGCAACAGAAAGUGAAAAAUAUUGGCAUUUGGCAUGAUGCAGUGGAAAAUGUCCAAGCCAAGGCAAUGAUGGUGAUGACCUAAAAGUUUUUUGCAUCUUUCUAAAAUAAAAAGAUGACUGAGGUACAAGCAACAGUGGAAUUUUCGGUGGAGUUACACAAAUUUUACAAUGUGGACCUAUUCCAGAGGGGAUUUUACCAGAUUCGUGCAAUGAUGAAACUGCCUGCCAGAAUUCCACAUAAGAUGGAGACCAGUUUGCUGAAUCCAACAGGCUCUGAACUUGCCUUUCCCCCUGCUGCCUAUGAUUGUACAGUCUGCAGUAAAACCUUUCAGAUUCUUUACAAAAAUGAAGAGAUCAUGGUUAAUGACGUGCUACUCCUCAAAGUUAAAAUGUUACUUGAUGGCAAAAAGAUUGAAGAAUCCUUGAAUGAGGUGGAUUUCCAGUUGUCUUUAGAUCUCAAUUUCACAGACAAAGACUUUGCAUUUGAUGACCCAAAUUCUCUACAAGUGAUUAGUAGCCGGACAUUGAAGCUGCACUUCAGUUUACAUCGAGGACUUCAUCAUCAUGUCAAUGUUAUGUUUGAUUACUUCCACCUCUCUGUUGUAUCAAUCACUAUUCAUGCCUCCUUGGUUGCGCUUCACCAGCCUCUAAUAAGCUUUCCUCGUCCUGUGAAGAACACUUGGUUAAACAGGAAUGCCCCAGUCCAAAGCAAGGAUUAUAGCAUUCCUUCCCUCGAGAGUGUGGUUUUUGGCAGUAGCUAUACAAAACAGCUGUCACCUGAUGGCAGCAAUUAUGUGGUGCCAGAAAGCUGCAUGCAGCAUGCAUACAAUUUCCAUUAUAAUCUCUGUUCAAGCUUGCUUCAGGCUUACAAGGGCCUUUUCAAUUACUUUACCAUGGUUACAAAAGAAUUGCCUACAUCUCACAGGAUGGAGUUAGAGGAGAUUGAUGUUGAUGCCAGACUCGAAGAGCUUUGUGAACAGAUAAAGCUUAAAGUGGAAAAUCCUGAUGAUCUUCCAGAACUAGUGAACAUGGAUCUAGCGCAACUUUGUUCAUUGCUAAUGGCUCUAUGGGCACAGUUUUUAGAGAUUGUGUCACUACGGGGAGAAGUCUCAGCUUUAUUAGCAAAGGAGCACCAUGUCCUACGUGUAAGAAGAUUUUCAGAAGCUUUUUUCUGCAUUGAACACCCUCGACAAGCGGCGCUAGCAUAUCAGGAAUUGCAUGCACAAAGUCAUGCACAGAUGGCUGCAGCUAUAAAGAAUUCUACCUAUUUCAGUUCUCUUCCGUCUCUCCCUGUGGAAUGUGUAGAAUUAGAUGGAGACUUCAGUUCACUGCCCAUUAUCUUUGAGGAUCGAUAUCUGGAUUCUGUUCCAGAAGACUUGGAUGUUCCCUGGAGUGGGGUUCAGAAUGUAAGAAGAUCAUCCUUUUCUGCCAAAUUUGAAAAGUCAGACUCCAAGGAAUGUAAUGCUUCAGGCUUCUCCAGUACUGUUUUUAAAGCAAAGCCAGCAAACAUUCACAGUGUUAAACAAAAUGAAAAUGAAAAGGCACUGAUAAAGCAACGCAAGAUGAAAGCUGAAGAGCACAGCAAACCAAAAAUAAAAGCAACAAAAGUGAAGAAAACAGUUAAGUCUGAGAACAGCAAAAAAUUGGUGAAGCAAAACUCUAAGGAUUCUGUCAUAUUGGUUGGUUACAAAUGCUUGAAGAAUUCAAACUUGGGAGAGAUCAGUAAAUCAGAAGGUGGGCUUCCGAUCUGUCCAAAAGGUGGGCAAGUUCCCACAAGCACAAGGGCAGAUAAUGGGACAGUGGCUGAUUCCAAGCUACUGUGUCAACAUAAAGAGAUAAUUCCUCUUUUUUCAAGUAUGGAAAAAACCAUAGAGACUCCAAAAGCUAAAAGUCUUGAUAAAUUUGGUAACAGCAUUAAUCGUUAUAAAAUCGAACCCUGCACGUUUGCAUCAUCGGGCUUGUUUCAAACAGGUCCUGGGACUCCAACUGCAUGUAUAGAUUGUACUAAAUUUGAUAGAUUGAACAGUCAUCAAGUUACACCAAGUGCAGGUAUCAAACAUAUUCAAGUCAAACCAAGAAGUAAAUGCACUUACGAAGGGGAAAAAGUAACAGUCAUUAUGGCCCCCAAAUUUCCUGUUAAAGAUCACCAAGGACUUUAUCAAUCUGCUGAGCCAAAAUUUCUGGAUUCAAGAAAAAAUUAUUUGCAGUUGGAAGAAAGCGUAAUAAACUCUGCAACUUCAGAAAGUGCACUGCCAAAAGUAUGUACAAAGGGGUUAAAUUUGGUUAUAAGUGGAGAUGCUGUUAAAUUGCCGGAUGUUUAUGUCACUGGCUCAUCGUCCAGAGUUUCAGAUUCUGGUUUUGAAAGUGAACCCAGUUCUUUUGCCUUUCACCUGGAUCCAGAUUUAGCUACUGAACUGGAGUUGGAGAAGACUUCUCUACACAGUGAAAAGCCUGUCAUGCAGCCAUCACUAAAACCAGAAUUAAGUCCAAAAGAUAAUGUGAAAGGCCGAUGCACAGAGAGUACAAAUGCUGUGAGUGAAAUACAGUCAUCUUUAACUUCUAGAAACUCUCUGCCUUCAGAUGAUGAUCAUGAACAGCAAGUUGAUGAAAGCUCAAAAGUUGCCACCAUUCUUGUGGAACAGACUAAUGACGGACAGCCCAAGAUAGACUCAACUGUAAUACCAGAUAAGCUAAAAUCUGAAAAUAUAACAUCUAGUAUUGUUGUGCAAGAAGAAAGUGUUGUGUUUGUUCAAGGUUCAGGGACUCCACAAGAAGCUCACCAUUCUUCUAACUUUCCUGAGCAAGAAUUUGAUAACUGUAUUGUUAGACAGGAAGGCUGCAGCAACUGCAGCAAUCCACAGCAAAAUAUUGCAUGCUUUAAUGAUUUUACAGAACUUCAAGGUUUUGAAAAAGCUCCCACAGAACAUAUAAUUAAUCUGAACUCUGAAAUGAUUCACCUUGAUAAGCCAAGAUGCCAAACAUCAAGUGAUGCAGAAAUUAGCCAGCAUGCAGUUGCAGAAUUGUGUCCAGAACAUCAUGUAAGUAUAAUUAAAGUGUUUGAAAUUCCUGCAUUGGAAGAAACAGAUGAUGGAAUGCACACAAACCUUUCAGCUACCAGCAGCACUGACAUUGUGAAACAAGGAUUAGUGGAGAAUUACUUUGGAUCUAGAAGCAGUACAGACCUUUCUGAUACUAGUCCUGGUGGUGGUGGCAGCUGUCCCUCGAGCCCUAAAAAGGCAAUUAUUGACCUUGUUACUCUUGCACAAGCAGAGAAGGAUGAAGAACAUGAAAUGAUAGAAAAUGGUUAUUAUGAAGCUGAUGAUGAUGCUGUGGCUGAUAGCAUUGAUGCAGUCAAACCUGAGUUAAUUAAUGCCCAUUAUAUCACAGAACAUGCAGGCAUGCUAAGUGUGUGCACUCCUACUUGUUUAUCCUUUUCAUCAGUUGUCAGAGAUUCCCCAUUUAUCAGUAGACUAUCUUCAAAAACCAAACAAGAUGCAAUUACAAAGCAACCGAGCAGUGCAUUCUUCGGAUCUAAUGUGUCAACCUCGUGGUGGCAUGAUGUUGGGAUAAAAGGACAGAUGAAGAUUUUCCUCCAGGCAAAAGAAGAUCUGAAGUUACUAAAGUUUCCUGGCGUUAUGUACAGUGAUCUUCCUGAUUUGGCUUCCAAAAUUCCAUACUUCAGCUUGGAGGAGGAUGUGAAUGCGGAUGAUGGUGUUCAUCUCAUAGUUUGUGUCCAUGGAUUAGAUGUGCAACCUGCUGACAGUUUGCAAAGCAUUCAGGGGCUUAAUCAAAAGACUGUUUAAGUCUAGAUAAGUUGUGC